AUGGUUACAAAAACGGAUAGCUUCGGGUUCAAUGAAACGAAGUUCUUUCAAGUGGCCAGAGACUGUUCUCCUGACGACCGCAAACAUACGCAGAAUCUUGUGGAAUCCAAAGAUGAUAUGCUGUUUGUAUGGAAUGCGAAGAACUGUUGCGUUAUAGUGCUGAAUUGGCGUGCCGCUGCAUCUCGGAAACAUGAAGAGCUUAGCCAUCAGACACUGAUUCCAUCGGCACCUCAAAACUUUACUGUUGAAAAGAUACUUCCUUCUUCGGACGGGACUUUUCUAGCAUUGGCCGGUCCAAAGGGUGUUUCCAUCAUUGAAUUGCCUCGGCGCUGGGGCCCCAGUGGACAGUACCAAAACGGAAAGGAGUGCAUCAUCUGUCGCGCCUACAAUCUCGAUGAGCAUCUAUUUACCGAGAGUGCAACGCUGGAGUUGUUGCAGAUCCGCUGGCAUCCGGCAUCGCCGACGGAUUCUCAUUUGCUUGCACUGCUUUCGGACAACUCGAUAAGGGUAUACGACGUGGACUCGUUGCGGCAUGUAUGGCGCAUUGGACCGACACCAACACCGCAAACCGUCAUCGGAACCACCGGUGGUGGUGGCCAGUCGAGAGGCGGCCUACACGCUCCUGCGGGCAUCGCCGGAUCGCCAGGGACAGGACCACCGGCCGGAAUCACCUCGAAGCUCGCCUAUCUCAACAGUCUGGGCGAUACGGCUGUUGAUUUUGACAUCGCACCGCCACGUGUGGUUUCUUCCGCCGCCGGUGCAACGAGCUCUAUCGGCGGCGACGCAACGUUCUCGCCGACAACGAUCCUGUCAGCGACGACGACGACGACGACGUCGUUGUCCUCAACGGCCACCACAGCGAAGCCGCUCACUGUUCCGAAGGACAACGCCCUGAUGAACGAUUCUUUGAUCGGCGAGAGGAAUAAAAAGUGCGCCACUGCAGGCUCGAAAGUGGAAUGGCCGAUAGUGAUACUGCGGGGUGACGGGAACGUCUAUGUACUUUGCGCCGGCAUCGACACCAAUCGACCGAGGCUGCAGGGGCCGAUUUCGAUUCAACCGCAGGUGGACGACAACUACGGGCUGGAUUCGUGCUCGCUCAUCGUCAUCCCAACGCUGCCACCGACGGUCAUCAUUGCGGAGAGCACGGGCAAAACGCAUCACGCGCUGUUCCUCGAGGAACUGUGUCCCCUCGAGCGGUCCCAGUCCUCCGACGUGGACAGCUAUCUGACCGUGCACCCGAGCGAGUGGUACCUGCACGUAUUGGAAACGGUCGAACUGGAACUCGGCCUGCCAAGUGUUGCGGAAACGCAGGCAUCCAAGUCCUUCGCCUGCCCGUUGCAUCUCAAACGGGACACGCUGAACGAGGCGCGCUAUUUCGCCUACCACAAUGCGGGAUUGCAUGCCGUCACGCUGGACUUUACGCGCUCGCUACACGAGUUUGUGGAGCAGCAGGAGGGCGUGGACGAUCUCAACGUGCUCGAGAAGUAUCCCUUGUUCAGCUCGAACAGCCGGGCCGAAUACGUCGUCUGCACGAAGGCGCUCCAGAAUGCCAUCACAAAUGCGGUGCUCGGGUUCACACUGCUUCAGUCUCCGUCCGGGUUGGUGCUGUUCCUCGCGUCCGGCCAGGUCGUUUCGCUGGAUCUUAUCACCGAUCACAGCUUGAUUCGCAAGUGGCCGCUCACCGAGACGCACAAGAAGACCGGUUCCUCCGAAUCGCCCAUCAAAAACAUGCUGAAAGACUCAUUCCAGAAGCGCAUCCAAAUGGUGCUUAGAUCGGGGCUCACGCAGCCCAUCCUAAAGCUGGACCAGACCGCUGAGCCAACACCGCAGGAAGCGUUCGAAUUGUUGACGCAGGCCACGCGAAUGCUCCGCGAGAACUGUUUCGUGCGGCACGAAAACGCACGCCAGGAAAUCGAAAAGCGUGGCCAUGUCCUCAGACUGCUCAAGCAGCAGCAACUGAGCGAUAUCGAAGAGCUGCAGGCUGAGAAGCAGCAAAUACGCACCACGGCCGAGCGUCUCGCGGAAACCUACGAAGACUUGUGCGACAAGCAGACCGCACUUUUCAAGCGGGCCCAGGAAGUAGUACGCUUGGCUACGUUGCGUCUGCCCAAAGGAUCCUUCUCCGAGAAGCAGUUCACCGAAAAGAUCGAAAAAAUCAGCAAGUCGGUAAAGGUUCUCCAGAAAAGCGUCGACCAAGCAAAGCAGAAGACCGCAACGCAGCAGAUUCAAUUGGAAUCGAAAAAGAAAAGCUCAAAAGAAAAGACGUUUACCCUGCCGGUCAAACAAGAACAAAUAAUCAAGCAGAUUAUUGGCGAAAUGUAUACCCAAAUCGACGGAAAUGUACAGGACGUUAAGAAGAUAAACAGCAUCCUUAACCUGUCCUAGUGUUCAGCACACGUCGUGCAUCAUUUUAGCUUAUAAACG